AUGUCGAUGAAGGUCUCAUCCUUGGUGGAGAAUGUUGCGCUUAGUGAUGGGAAAUAUCUGAGGAGUAUGACCGAACAAAAGCAAGUUCACUUUGUUUGUGAAGAUGACGUGAACCAAGAGGAGGAGGAUCCACAAACAGAGGAAGUGUGCUACAUGAGCAACCAAGGGAGGUUACUACAAAGGGUUAAACACAACAACAACACGAACCUCUCCUAUCGCAGCACCAAUUUGAGAAUCCUCAAGAUCAAGUGUAUCCACCUCAACAACCAAAACCAAGGAGGACAACAAACCGUGUACUUCAAGCGAGGUUACCCACCAAAGGUUUUUGGUAAUCAGAAUCAAGGCUACUCAGCUCAAGCAGGGAGUAGCUCAGUCAAGAUCUGA